UACGAAGAUCACUGCAGCCUUGCCUGGUGACAAGAGACCUCCUGGCCAUUGCGGCCUCAAUACGUCACUUAGAUGAAGGCAGAGGCAUUUUGAUACGGAAGCGUCGGAGAUCGAAAUGAGGCCGAACCAGUUUGUCGCAUGGGCAAGUCAUAAAUAUGAAGUCGUGAGUCUCGACGCCCAAAGUGCCAUGACUGCAGCUCAAACAUCUUGUGCCCGAGGUCAUCCUGGACUGUUUCUGUCUUUCAACACCAUCCCGGCCUCUUCUGUCUCUUAUAGCUGCGACCAGUUUUACACGAUCCAUUCCCUCAGCUUAGAAGACCGCGUGACGCCUCCCUUGAACUUACCGUGAGAUCAGCCUCUCCUGCAUGUUUCAGACGUACAAACGACGACAAUGCUCAGUCGACAUAUCGUGGCAGCAGCACUUCUUCAACUUGUUUCAUUGACCACUGCACAGGGACCUCAUGAAGGCCCUAAACCUGACUCGGCUCGAACGGACAUGUCUGCCUCCAGCACGCACAACGGCCAGCAAGACAUGGCAAGCUAUGCAGUUCUGUCAGAGCACUCAACCAUGAUAUUGGCACAUGUCGCUCUCAUGGUCCUUGCCUGGGUCUUCCUUUUACCAUUAGGAGUCAUGUUCAGCAUCGCCAGGUCUCGCCUUGCAUUUCCUGUGCAACUCCUUUUCUGUGUCACCAACGCAUUGGGUCUUCUUCUCGGAACAGUAUACAAUGUCAAGACACCAGAUCUCUAUCCAAAUAACGCACACCAUACAAUCGGGUGGGUGGCAUCAUGGAUCAUAUCUGUCCAAUUCCUGACCAACUUGCUGUUCGCCACUGUCCAAAGUAGGAUGAAGAAGACGACUGGCUCGACGAGUGUCGAAAGGGAACCAUUCCUACGUCCGCCAAGCUCAGACAGACCACGGGAAGGCAUGUCUUCGUAUACCGAUCGCCAUCCAUCGAGCGACACUGAGUCUGGGAGCUCAUCAAUCGCAUCAACACCAUUAUGGAAGGACCUCGAGAAGCCGUCAUCUAGAGACAACAAUGACAACAACUCCGAACCGUCUAGCUCUCGUCGUCCAAGCUUCUUGCGCUAUAGCUUCGUGGCCAUCUCCUUCCCGGCACGAUUCCCAGGCAGAUUGCCAGCGCGACUGAUGAAGGUGCUGGCACUCGUUCAUCAGGUCAUCACUCGAACUGUCCUCCCACUCGGCUUCAUAUGCUUAAUGACUGGAGGUGUCACAUAUGCCGGCAUUUUCCGCGGCAAACACAUUUUCAACGGUCUCGCUCACUUCAUCAAGGGAGGCAUCUUCUUCUGGUACGGUCUAUUGACGUUGGGCCGUUGGAUGGGCUGCUUCGUCGAGUACGGCUGGGCGUGGAACAUUGCACCCUCCACCGUCAUUCCCUCAGCCGAGUUCGUCGAAUCCUUUGUCAUUUUCCUGUACGGCUCGACGAAUGUCUUCCUCGAACAUCUAGCUGGCUGGGGUGGGGCGUGGACUGCACAAGAUUUGGAACAUGUGUCUAUAUCUGUCUUGUUUCUUGGUGGUGGCUUGUGUGGCAUGUUCGUCGAGUCCAAAGUCAUCCGUAAAUGGCUCAACACCAUAGUCGCUUCGAUACCCACCAGUACCACCACCAACACCAACAGGCACGCCGGGCACUCCCGAUCCCGAUCCCAGGGUCCGGAUUUUGAGCAGGAACUGGAGCUACACACACCUCCAAAAGUCUACAACUUCUCCAUCAACCCCCUCCCAGCACUAAUAAUAUUCCUCCUCGGCAUCAUGAUGUCCUCGCACCAUCAAAGCUCUAUGGUCUCCACGGCAGUCCACAAACAAUGGGGUACACUUUUAGCGGGCUUCUCAAUCAUGCGCCUACUGACAUACACUAUACUAUACAUCUCUCCGCCAGCCUCGAUCUACCCUAGCCGUCCACCAACAGAACUCGUCUCCUCAUUCUGUCUGAUAUCCGGAGGUAUCGUCUUCAUGGCCAGCACCAAAGAUAUCGUCGCUUGGAUGGAGAGCGAGGAUCUAAUGGCUAUGUUCGUGUUCACCGUCACUAGUGGCUUCACUGCUUUCAUGAUGGCUUACGAGAUCCUGGUGCUCUCUCUCAAGGGGUGGGCGACGCAGAGGGAGGUCCAAAGAUCGGUCAAGGCCAGAAGUUCUGGGCCUUGAGUGUGUUCAUUCCUUGAUGCGGUCAUUCAGGAGGCAUUUGGUGGUCAUUGCAUCGGAGGAUACUCGUAUGUUUCACAUGGAUCUAGUUCAUUCUUGCUACUAUACCACCAAAGCAGGCUCACUUUGAUAGCAGACUUCUAUGCACAAAAGCGCGAUCGUCGUGGAAUAGUCAAAUAGUCAUUAUAGUCAUUACUGAAAGCGCCAAGCGUCAGCCUAG